AUGGCGCGUUCCGAAGAGGAAAGCGUCGGCCAAGUCUGCCACACCCCGUGGCUUGAAACCUUUCAUGACGGUCUGAGAUACGGUGAAUCGCCACCAAAGAGCAUGCCACUAUUGCUCUCCGAGUUCACCGACAAUGUGGACGAAUUUCAAGACAUCGAUAGCUUCGGCAAGAAUUGGCUAGCUCUCGAAGACAGCUGGAAGUUGCCAGUCGACAACGAAAAGGACUGGGAAAGCCACCCGGAGUACCCCAUGGGUCUCUGGGUUGGUUGGUUCAUCCCCACAAUCAUCGAUUCGAUCUCCAAAUAUAAUCACAGAUACUCCAGGUAUGGAGGACCACUAUGUGUGAAUACUUUCACCACAUCCCCCAUCGACAAUGCCAUUAUUAAAAAGGCUUUCAAGGUCGUCUACAGAUUGGGCAGUGACUUCAAUCUAGAGCUGUACGCGCUCCACUCCCCCAAAGCGGAUGGCCUCUGUAAGGCCAAGCUUGUUCCUGGCGGCGCAGCAAAUGUCUUUUUCUUCACAGAGUGGAGAGAUGACACCGUCUGCGGCCGCUACAACCGAAUAGCAACCUGGAUGAACAAGGCUGAGGCAGGUGUGCGGAAGGCCAGCUUGGCGAGAAGAAUGGCGCUGGAACCGUCGUCAUGGUGUUCGCGCAAUUCGACUGGAUCUGACAAGCAUGAUGACAUUGGAAGCAGAAAUGAAGAACCAGUAACCAUUGUUGGGCCCCUGCCGCCGUCAACGUUGCAUGAAGCACCAGAAAAUUCCAGAGGCGAUCUCGUCCUCCAGGAUUCUUACUCGUCAAACGACAGCUGGUCGGCAGAUUAUUCUUACUCGUCAAGCAGCAGCUGGUUACCAGAUGAAUCUGACGUGGGCAAUGAUUCUUCUGACAGCGAACCUCCGACCGCGAUAAGAUAUUAUAGAAAGAAGAGCAACUCGACUAGAAAUUACUCUACACCCAACACCAGGUCAUCUCGCAGACACUCAUAUGAGUCUGAACAGGGAUAUUCCCACUCACAUUCAAAGACUUCACCUACUCUACCAAGAAGGCUGACCAGGAGUCAGAGAUUUCACCAAGAAUCCCGAGGAAGUCCUCAAAGCAGACAGGCCAGCCGGCGCAGCCCUCAAGCGCUUUCUUGGCGUGGUUUGGAUCACGACGCUCUAAGCUCUUCAAUUCGCCAGCCCAAUCUGGGUAAUCUUCAGGGAGAUUCUUCAAUUACCCACAACUCAAGCCCGCAAACGAGGAAGAAGACACAAACGAGCCCAACUGGGAGAUCUCAGACUGAGCCACCCCGAAAGCAACAUAGACCUAGACAGGCCUGUCAAACACUCCUGGACCAGUCAGACAGCCUGCAGUCGGAAAUUACGUUCUUAGUCAAGGGUGAAGUUGUUGAGAAGAGCGACGAUGAAGUUCAAUUCGUCAAGGAGGUUCCAGCCAAGAGGGACCGGAAGGAGUUCGGUGACAACGAAGUAAUGAGUUGGACUAAUGCCCCGAGCCACAGCAAGAGCGUUCGCUUUGUGUCGGAAUUUAUCACAGCGGGAAAGUUGACGCUGUGUGCUCGCCUCCCGGAUGCCUUCUCGCGUGGUAUCAUGCUCGAGACAUUUCGGAAGCAUUUGACAUCUACGGAAAUGUCUGAGUUCGACGCCUUGGCCCAAAACCUUGUGGAUUCCGCAGGUGAAGACAUUCGCAUAAUGCUCGCGGAAACCCUUGAAGAGAAGUUGAAGAAUAAUUUGCCCGUCAAUAGCGAUGAAUAG